AUGAUCGGGUCAGAUAGAAGCUUACUGGCACUAGCUGGUACCGUAUUUUUGUUGUCGUUGUGUAAUGCUCUCUACACUUCAAAGGAUGAUGUUGUGGAAUUGACGGCGAAUAAUUUCCAAAGCAAGGUCAUUAACAGCGAUGAGAUCUGGGUUGUGGAAUUCUAUGCACCAUGGUGUGGUCACUGUAAAAAUCUUGUUCCGGAGUAUAAAAAAGCUGCAACUGCUCUCAAAGGCAUUGUAAAGGUUGGUGCUGUGGAUGUGACCAGUCACGAAAGUGUUGGAUCUACUUAUCGUGUGCAAGGCUUCCCCACUAUUAAAAUAUUUGGUGUUGAUAAAAAGAAGCCAAUAGAUUACAAUGGUGCCAGAACUGCGCAAGCAAUCAGCUCCACAGUGCUUGAUGAAGUUAAAAAGGCAGUGUCGGCUCGACUUGGUGGAAAAUCUGGUGGUGGCUCCAAAGAAAGCGGCGGUGGUGGUGGCGGCAGCGGUAGCGACGAUGUCAUUGAGCUCACAGAUGCCAAUUUCGAGAAGCUCGUUUUGAAUAGCAAGGAUACUUGGCUUGUUGAGUUUUACGCUCCAUGGUGCGGACAUUGUAAGAAUCUUGCGCCUCACUGGAAAGCAGCUGCUACACAGCUGAAAGGAAAAGUCAAGGUGGAGGCCUCGACGUGCACUACUAGUAUCACACCCAGUCUGUCGACGAGCACAAACUUUGGGAGUUCGAGAUUCCCCACCAUCAAAUACUUUGCGCCAGGAUCGACAGAAUCGGACGCCGUUGAUUAUGACGGAGGUAGAACCACAUCGGACAUUGUCAGUUGGGCGCUCAAGGCAAUGGAAAAUCUUCCACCUCCUGAAAUCGUGCAAGCUACGAGCUCGGAAAUUGUCGAAGAGCAGUGUCAAGGAAAGCAGUUGUGCAUUUUUGCAUUCCUUCCCCACAUUCUCGACUGUCAAGCGAAGUGUCGUGAGAAAUACCUGAGUCUUCUGCGUGACCUAGGCGACUACUUCAAGAAAAAUGGCUGGGGAUGGAUAUGGGCCGAAGGUGGAUCUCAGUCGGAACUGGAAGAAGCUCUCAGUGUCGGAGGAUUCGGUUAUCCUGCGAUGGUGGCUUUGAACUAUAGAAAAAUGAAGUUCUCCAUGCUCAAGGGCUCCUUUGAUAAAGACGGAAUACGCGAGUUUCUGCGAGACCUCAGCUAUGGCAAAGGACAAACUGCGCCAAUAAAGGGUGCUACCUUCCCGAAAGUCAUCAAAAUCGAGCCUUGGGAUGGAAAGGAUGGCGUUCCACCCAAAGAAGAAGAAAUUGAUCUUUCAGACGUUGAUCUUGACCAUACUGAAUUGUAA